GCACCUUCCAGAUUACGAUAGCGCUUGACGCACAGGUUUAUGCGAUGAGAUGGCCAACAAAUUUCGCAGACAUGCAUUCCACAACUACGCAAUUACGACAGAUAUAGAUAGGGGUGUACAUUCCAAUAACACCUCACCACUUCCACACCCAGUUAAACUUCUUCAGAGAUAUAUAUAUUGCAGUAUGUGCCCCCCUUCUUCUCGGUGGGCGUUGUUAUUCAAAUCGCUCCGAUCUUAACUAAUACGCUACAGUGUCACCGUUCAAACUGUCACUAGUCCUACAACCCACUAGUCUUACCAAACUCAUACACUCAAAGACAUACACCCUAUCACAAAGAUACUUUUCACAGAUGAUUCCAAUGUCUUCCCAUUCGUCUAUCAACGACGAGACUCUCCCACAUGCUACCUCUUCCAACUCUGCAUCGACGCCCUUCAAGUUGACUAGAGAUUCCACUUUAAAAGACUUUUUACGCCUGAAUCAGACCAGAGCCAACCUGGUUAGCCACAAUCACCCCGAAAUCUACCCCUCGAACGGUAAGGGACAAUCUCCGCAUACCUUAUGGAUAGGUUGCUCCGAUUCCAGAGCUGGUGAAUCCUGCCUCGAUGUCCUUCCUGGCGAGAUCUUUCUGCACCGAAACAUUGCCAACGUGAUUUCUCCCAACGAUGUUUCGUCCACCGGGGCUAUCCAGUUUGCUGUCGAUGUCUUGAAGGUGAAGAAGGUGAUUGUCUGUGGCCACACCGACUGCGGUGGUAUCCACGCUUCGUUGUCGUCCAAGAAGAUAGGUGGUGUUUUGGAUCACUGGUUGAAUCCGAUCAGACAUGUCAGAGCGGCCCAUUUGAAAGAGUUGAACGCUUUGGGCGAUGCCCAAGAGAAGUGUACCCGUUUAUCCACGCUUAACGUCAUUUCUUCUGUUCAUGCUUUGAGAAGACACCCAAGCGCCAGUGCUGCCUUGAAACGCGGCGAGAUCGAAGUCUGGGGCUUAAUGUACGACUGCGGCACUGGUUUAUUAAGAGAGGUGGAAAUCCCUGAUGAUGAGUUUGAAGAUUUGUUCCACAUGGAUGAACAUUCCAUAGAAUUACCUCACUGAAGCUAUAUAAAAAAAGGCUGUAUUGCAUUGGUUAACUAGAGGGCAAACACGUCUUAUAGAGUCCUCCCAUAUACCAACACUAAUAAACGAUUUAUUAAC